AUGUCCGCCAUGAUUAUUUCCCAGUAUGCCGCGGAGCUUUGCACACUCCUCAUCGAGGACCAAUAUGGAGAUCUUUUUGCUCGCAUCUUUUCAACCUUGCAGCGCUAUGAGCGCCUUUCACUAUCUCGGCUGAAAUUUUAUUCUCGUUUGACCGAUCGCCAACUACAACAUGGCCUCGCGGCCAUGAUCCAACAUCACCUCGUAUACCACUUCACUUCCCUCGAAGACGGCAACACCUACUAUGAAGCCAACCCGCAAGCCGCAUACUACCUCGUACGGUCCGGAAAGAUCAUUCGUCUGGUCGAAAAUCGACUGGGAGAGUAUGCAGGCCGAAUUAUGGAAACGAUUCUUUUCCUCGGACAUGUCUCGAUUAAGCAUCUUGAAACUCUUCCGGAGCUUCGAACACUGAAAUUCGCCAUUCCCAAUGGAGUAAAGACCGAAGAAAUGGCAGAGGAAAGCGUUAUGGAUGUGGAUGGAGAGGUAGAUGGGCCGGUAGAUGGGCCGGCCGAGAACCCCGAUCAGACGGCUGAGGAUAAGCCGGCCCCGCUGCACUCUACUCUCAAAGCUCUCGCAUCUCAUGGAUAUAUCAUGCGGGUUCGAGACGCACAUUUUCAGAGCCCCGCAGAUAAUUUUCUGGAGGCGCGUCGAGCUGUUGCAGCUCGAUCUGAUGUCAAGAAUCUCAAGGGAAAGCGGCAUCAAGAAACCUUGGAAACAAAAACGCAAGAGCUCAUUGAAGAGCGCACACGAGGCGAUCUGUCCGAGGGUUUGAUGUUUAACGGUCUCCCCCGAGGCAUUAAAAGAAAGCAUGAAAACGGCGUCUCUGGAUCAGCCCGCACAACGAAUGGAUUGGGGCAAAAUGGAAUUAAUGGCGAUCAUGCAGAUGAUGAGGCAGAAGAAGAAGAGAAUGACUGGUCAGAGGAUGAAGAUGGAUUUGAUAAUGUUCCCAUGGAGGCCGGAAUGAUCGUUCGAGUGAAUUAUGAAAAGUUAGACGUGGCUCUACGAAUGGAUCGGUUCAUGGCGGUUGCUGCAUUAGAUGCUCCUGCUGCAACAGCCGAGGUUUACGGCUGUCUUCUGCGUCGGAUUGAAUAUGUUACCAAACGCUGCCGUGAUGAAACUGAAAUUCCGCGCGAGGGAGAGGAGGGCGAGCAGUUCUCUAUUCCAGUCGAGGUUUACAAAAUAGUUGACGAUGUCGAUCCUGGCCUGGACCUUUCCGAUUCAAUUGGGCCAUUGGACCCUGCACAGACAGUCAACCGCCGCGGAAAGCGACCCCUGGAGAAUGGGGUAAACGGCAAUCACCACGACGAUUCCGAUGAUGACAGCGGUGUCAGUCGUGCCUACGAGGUCAAUCAACAUCUUAAGCUGCUUGAACAAGCCCCUUACAAUCUCGCAUCACACGUGGAUCUGUCCGACGGUAUAAAAUGGCGAAUUGGAUUUCGAGGACUGGCGCGCAAAAUGCGUCACCUCGAAUUGGAACAAAUCAUCAUGUCACGAUACGGUGACGUAGCACUCCGCGUCAUCCGCGUGUUACAAGCGAAGGGCAAAUUGGACGAGAAGCGUCUGCAGGAGAUCAGCUUGCUUCCAUUCAAAGACCUGCGGCAGACUCUCGCCAGCAUGCAGUCUGGUGGGUUUGUGGAUCUCCAGGAAGUUCCCAAAGAUGCGCAACGGCAGCCCUCCAAAACCAUCUUCCUCUGGUACUAUGAUCCUGACCGGGUAUGCGGCAGCAUCUUGGAUGACACCUACAAGGCAAUGUCACGAACAUUGCAGCGCAUCAAAUUCGAGCGCAACCUGCAAAAAGAUUUCCUAGAGAAGACUGAACGGAGCGAUGUCAAGGGCAACGAAGACCGAUAUCUCAGCGAGGGCGAGUUGGAGCAGCUGCGACGCUGGAAAGACCGGGAAGCUGCAUUGCUGGGAGUUGUAUCUCGCCUGGAUGACUUGGUGGCUAUCUUCCGUGAUUAUUGA